AUGCCAAAGGAUGCUGAUCUGGCUUUCAAAGCUGCCUUCUUGGAAGGAACAGAAUUCCUUUGUGCUCUGAUUUCAAAAUUACUCCCAUGCUUUUGUGUUUCUUCCCUGAUAGAUACAAGAGGAAGCACCUCAUCUCGUAUUGCUAAAGGAGUAGACUACACAAAAAUGAGCCUCCAUGGUGCAAGUGGUGGACAUGAGAGAUCAAGGGACAGACGCAGAUCAAGUGACAGAUCUCGUGACUCAUCCCACGAAAGAACAGAAUCUCAGCUCACUCCAUGCAUCAGGAAUGUUACUUCACCAACAAGACAGUAUCAUUCUGAUCGAGAAAAAGAUCACAGUUCAUCUCGACCAAGCAGCCCUCGUCCUCAGAAGACCUCCCCAAAUGGUUCUGUGGUUAGCAUGGGGAACAGCAGCAGAAACAGUAGCCAGUCAAGUUCAGACGGGAGCUGCAAGGCUAGCGGAGAAAUGGUAUUUGUGUAUGAAACUGGAAAAGAGGGAGCUCGGAAUGUAAGAACUUCUGAACGAGUAACACUUAUAGUGGAUAACACCAGAUUCGUUGUAGACCCUUCUAUCUUUACUGCACAACCUAAUACAAUGUUGGGCAGGAUGUUUGGAUCAGGCAGAGAACAUAACUUUACACGUCCUAAUGAAAAAGGAGAGUAUGAAGUUGCUGAAGGAAUUGGUUCCACUGUGUUUCGUGCUAUUCUGGAUUAUUACAAGACUGGAGUGAUACGCUGUCCUGAUGGAAUAUCUAUUCCUGAACUGAGAGAAGCAUGUGACUAUCUCUGUAUUUCUUUUGAGUACAGCACUAUUAAAUGCAGAGAUCUCAGUGCCCUCAUGCAUGAAUUAUCAAAUGAUGGUGCUCGCAAACAAUUUGAGUUUUAUCUAGAAGAAAUGAUUCUCCCAUUAAUGGUAGCCAGCGCCCAAAGUGGUGAGAGGGAGUGUCACAUUGUUGUGCUGACAGACGAUGAUGUUGUUGACUGGGAUGAAGAGUAUCCUCCACAAAUGGGAGAGGAAUAUUCACAAAUUAUUUACAGCACAAAAUUGUAUAGAUUCUUCAAAUACAUUGAAAAUCGAGACGUGGCCAAGUCAGUUCUGAAGGAAAGGGGGCUGAAGAAGAUCCGUCUGGGCAUUGAAGGUUAUCCUACAUACAAAGAGAAGGUGAAAAAGCGACCAGGUGGAAGGCCGGAGGUGAUUUACAACUAUGUCCAAAGACCAUUCAUUCGGAUGUCCUGGGAGAAGGAGGAAGGAAAGAGCCGACAUGUUGACUUCCAGUGUGUGAAAAGCAAGUCUAUCACAAACUUGGCAGCAGCAGCAGCAGAUAUACCCCAGGAUCAGCUUGUGGUAAUGCACCCUACCCCCCAGGUAGAUGAGCUGGAUAUUCUGCCUAUUCACCCUCCACCCAGUAACAGCGAGAUGGAUACUGAGGGACAAAACCCACCGCUGUGA